AGCUUGUGCCAAAUUACCAAAAUAAACUCUGUAGUGGUGGCAUAACAUAGGCAAUAUCCCUACAACGAGGCUGAUGGACUGGAAGUUCCAGGCUAAGCUUACCUGUUCUCAUGUGUAAGACUGUUCAAGCCAGCCCGUUGCCUCUGGCGCAUGCCACUGCACGAUGCGGCAUCGGUGGAUGCCAGCAUACAAGUAACGCUGGCCAGCGUGGCGGCGUUGUGGAUGCUUGCACUUGCUUGGUCCGAGGCUUGGGGCAGAACUCACGCGACUGCCGAAAUUUGUAUGUCUUGGAAUGGCUUGAAUAGGCUUGAGUGGCUGAGAAGCACGAAUCGAAGCUGGGGUGUGAUCCUACGAGAGUCUCAUGUCAGAGUAAACAAUAAGCGGUGUGCCUCGUUUGCCGAUCAAGAUUGGGGAUGGUAAACAGUGUGAUUGACUCAACGUUCCUU